GUCAGAGCUCGAAGGUGGGCUUCCAUGGCGGACUCACACUCCCAGCGCCGAAUCUCAGUCUGAACUCUCCCGCUGGAGCCGCAAAUGGAGCUUCUCCGGAGACCGAUCUUCUCUCUGCUGCUCCUGCUGUCCCUGCCGAUCUCCUUCCCUUCGAUCUCUCUCGGAUCGGCAGUUCAAGGGGAGGACGGACACAGGGAAGAGGAGUUCACGGAGGAGCUGCUACUGAAGCCUUUGCCCGAUCGCAAAGUUUUGGCGCACUUCCACUUCGAGAACACAGCUCAACGAACUCAAUCCUAUGGCCGCCACCACCACCUCUUCCCCAAAGCCAUCUCUCAGCUCGUUAAAAAAUUUGCAGUCAGAGAAAUGGAGUUAUCUUUCACCCAAGGCCGGUGGAACUAUGAGAGCUGGGGUGGAUUUGACCCCAUUUCAAGCAGCAACGCAAAGCCUCCAGGGGUUGAAUUGUGGGCUACUUUUGAUGUCCCUCCAGAUCAAGUUGAUGCUUCGUGGAAGAAUUUAACCCAUAGUCUUUCUGGACUUUUUUGUGCAUCAAUCAACUUCCUUGAGUCAUCUGCCACAUAUUCUGCACCUGAAUGGGCAUUUCAGCCUGCUUCAGGAAACUUGAGGUAUGGUACACUUCCGCGUGAGGCUGUUUGCACAGAGAACCUGACUCCGUGGUUGAAGCUGCUUCCUUGUCGGGAUAAAGCCGGGAUAUCUUCCUUGAUGGACAGACCAUCCAUUUACAGAGGAUUUUAUCAUUCUCAGAGGUUAAGAUUACGACCUGCCAAGAUCAUAGCUGAUGGUGCUGAUUCUGGCAUUGUACUUGAACAAACUCUCACUGUCGUCCUGCAGCCGAAUGGCUUUAGAACUAAGUCAAGUCAUUCUAGCGAAAACAAGAUAUCUCCAACCUGGGCUAUGAGUUCAUUAUUGGGAAGAAAAAUUGAAGGGCGGUGUGUCCUUGCAAAAUCUAGUAAUGUCUAUCUUCAACUUGAGAGGGGUCUUGUUGCAGAACUGAAUGCGCUGAAGGAGAAUCAAGAGUUUGUUGGUACUACCGUAUUGAAUGAUGACUUGAUCAAGAAUCCUGCCUUUGAAAUAUCUGUUAAGCCAGACUGGGUUCUUAAAGAAGUUGGAAAUUUGCCGACUGGGAGCUCAUCGCUGAUGUAUGGAUAUUCAAUUGGGAAAUCUACAGACUCAGGUCCUUUUGAUUUACACCUUACUUGGAAAAGUCCUAUGGUUUGGUCAUGCCCAAGACCACCUUUACAUGCUAGCAGGUUCUUGAUGGGAAGUGGGAACGAAAGGGGUGCUAUUGCUAUCUCAUUGAGAUCUACUGGACUGAACGAGGGACUGUAUGGAUCCAACAAGGACAAAGAGAGUUGUGUGCUUCCUGUUAAUGUUUUCCAAGUUGUGCCUUGGUAUAUAAAGGUGUACUUCCAUACCAUAAAAGUGUUUAUCGAUGAACAACGUAAGGCAGUUCCAGAUGUGAUUGAGAAGAUCCGUGUUUCACCUUCUGAAGACAAGGUAUUGCCUGGUGUGAUGGAGAUGGUCCUGAAAUUGCCUUGUGGUGUGAAAUCAGCGGCUAUGACCUUGGAGUUUGACAAGGGCUUCCUGCACAUUGAUGAAUAUCCUCCAGAUGCUAAUCAGGGAUUUGAUAUUCCAUCAGCAAUAAUAACAUUUCCCAACGUUGAAGCUGCUAUGCACUUUAAUCAAUUUAGUUCUUCAGACAAGUCACCCCUGUUAUCUAGAUUUCGGGAAAAGAAUCCUGUCCAGUCUUAUACAGAAGUAUUGCUCGUACCGUUGACCACACCCGAUUUCAGCAUGCCUUACAACGUCAUUACUAUUACAUGUACUGUGUUCGCACUUUAUUUUGGGUCCUUACUCAACGUACUAAGAAAACGAGCCAGUGAGGAGGAGCGAUUGCUUAGAGCUAAAGGAAGGUCUAGUCCGUUGUCUCGGCUGCUUGCAAAGCUUAGAAGAAAAAAAGAGGUGGAACCCCAGUCUUCCACAACUUCUUCAUCUUUAUUUAGCUCAAAACUAGUAGUGAAGAUCAUAUUAGUAGCUGCUAUCGCAAUAUGCUGGCAGUACUUUGGAUGACACUAUCAGGAAGCACACUUAGUUCUUGUUCCAUCUGCCUUUCAAACUGCUUCUGAUUGCUCUACAGCUGCAGAAAGAUCUGUUUGCUUUGGUUUCAAAAGGAAGAACAUCGAUAUCAUUAUCCGCAAGCAAUCAUUUUCAUUCUCAUCUCUAAUCAUUUACACGAUCGAGGUCCAGCUAUACAAACAAGCAAAAGAAAAAAGAAGAAAAAGAAAACCUCAUCUGACCCUCUUAACCGGGGAAGCUGCAAUUGCAUCAUCUUCUCUUUGCCUCUUGGUAUUCUGGCUCAUGUAUCCACAUGACUGCUGCCUGCUCGGGAUUGUGUGGAUUCGACCAUCCAAAACUGGAGAAUGACAAAGAAGUUAGAAUGGUACUUUAGUUAAAUUAAUGGGGGGGGAAAAGAACCCGAAAGAGAUGAGAAUUUACAGUUACUACCUGAAGGGCUGUCAUUUAUCUUCACCUUCUUGGAUAGUUCUGCUUUUACCUCCUCCAGUAAAUGCUUUCUCUUGAACCCUA